AUCGCGACACCACAAGUCCACAAACAAAAUACUAGUACAACCAAAAGAAAACGAAAACACGAACAGAAAAUCACAGCAGUCCACCGCGAUGGCAAACGAUGAGCGCGGCGCCGGCGAGCGGGGAGCGGCGCAGGACAGCGUCGUGUGGAGGGAGGAGGCGGGGAAGUUCGAGACGCCCGACGGCGAGGCCUUCCUCCAGUACCGCCUCGUCGCCCAGCCGCGCGCCUCCUCCGGCGGCGGCGGCGCGUCCCCGGCGGCGAUGGACAUGGUGCACACGUACGUGCCCGGGAGCAAGCGCGGGCAGGGGCUCGCCGCGCGCCUCUGCGACGCCGCCUUCGCGCACGCGCAGCGCCACGGCAUGCGCGUCAUCCCCACCUGCUCCUACAUCUCGGACACGUACCUCCCUCGCAAUCCGGCGUUGCACGAUCUUGUCUACAAGGCUGACGAGCCCAAACGCAGCAGCACCAGCAGUAGCAUGUAGUAGAACAAGUAAAAUCGUGUGCUCAGCUGCUAUGUUAGUGUAUCUCUGAAUAAUCAGUUGCCCAAUUCCCCAACCAUGGCGACGCGCCGCCCCUUGUAAGCCCUACGUCACUGCGACUAUUACGAUUAAGAUUCACGGCAUUCAUGUAAAA